CCAUUUUUCCCUCAUUUCCCUCCCACACACUCACUCUCCAGAUCCAUUUCACAACCACCAUGACCGAACCACCACCACCACAACAACCGGAAUCCCCACAACCACCACCACCCGAACCACCACUCUACAUCCACACCCGCCGUGAGCCAUUCGAACACGGCUUAAUCCCUUUACAAAAACUAAUCUUUACUGACCCGACACUAACCUUAACUUCACUUCGCGACAAACUUCUUCAACACCCAUGUUGUCAUCCAAAACAUCAUAGUAUUAAUUCAUCUGUUUUUGCAGAAUCUUUACAGAUCUCUCAAGAACAUGCCCGUCUUGUGUUUGAAAUAAUCUCGUCCGUUCAUCACCAUGAUUUAGAUCUUGUAGUUAAUGAUAAUAAUGAGGCUAAUGAUGGAGAUAAUUGUGCUAAUGUUAAUGUUAAUGUUUAUGAUCUUGUUGUGUUUUUAUAUAUACAAUCUUAUAAAAGAUUGUUGCCGAAAAGUGGACAUAGAGAUUCAGCUGCUGUUGCGGAUGUUUGGCCGUCUACGUCUGCGUUCGACGGGUUUUUAUCUGCGCUUACGCCAUUGCAGCUUGCUCGCAGCAAUGUCCGCAGGGCUAUGCCAUCUCAAGCUGACGAAGAAGCUCACCAGUUAUCCUAUAUACAGAAGCAUCUGGGUAACAUUUUAUCUCUUUUGGCCGAUCAUGUAGAAGGCCAAGGUGAAGGCGAAGAUUCACUGGUUCUGACAAUGGAAUCUCUUGAGCAUCUUUCAUUCCUUAUGUAUUUUGGUGAAAAAGGAUCAAAUAGAAUUCCAUUGAGCCAGAAUGCUCCAUUUUUUGCUAACUCAGAUCCUGACAUGCCGGCUGCUCCAGUUCCUGCAUCGCAGGUUCAUGAUUGGAUUGAACAGAAUAUUUCUUCUACCUUGGAACAUAUCUCUGAAAGAGCUGCUGUAAAAGAGAACGGAUCCUCUAAUGCUUCUGAUCAGGAUGCUAUGAUGGCCGAUGCUUAUGCAAAUACGCCCAAGGCCUCUGCUGGUUCCAAGAGUUCCAGUUAUAUAGAGGGAAUAUCUAAACAAUCAUACGUAAAACAACCAUCUGAACUGAAAAGCUCAUUUGUAAAGAUUAUUAAUUGCCAUGAAUCUGUGAUUUAUCUCUUGGCUCCUAUGAAAUAUGUCACGGUAUAUGGAUGCUCCGAUGCAACUAUAGUGCUUGGUGCUGUGGGGAAGGCUGUAAGGAUUGAGCAUUGUGAGAGAGUUCAUGUGAUUUCUGCAGCAAAGCGUAUAUGUAUUGCCAAUUGUCGUGAAUGUGUAUAUUAUUUGGGUGUUAAUCAGCAACCUCUUAUUGUUGGUGAUAACCAUAAGCUGCAGGUGGCACCGUAUAAUACAUUUUAUCCACAGUUAGAGGAACACAUGAAAGAAGUUGGUAUCGUUGCUAGUGUUAAUAGAUGGGAUGAGCCUAUAGCACUUGGUCUAGUUGAUCCACACGAUUCUAUAUCGCAUCCUGCUGGUGUAUCUGAUUGUCAAACCGAGUCUGCUACUCACUUAGAACCUGAUCAGUUUACCAAUUUUAUGAUUCCCAAUUGGUUUGAAGGUGAAGACGGACCUGGAUCUACACAAAAAAAUCCAUUUCUACUUCCUGACGUAUACUUGUCAUCUCAGCAGAAGAAUGACAAGAACUUGGUGGAUGUUAAACAGAUAUUAAAAGAAUCGCAACUGGAAGACUACAGAAAACGUGAAUUAACAACUGCACUUCAUGUUUACUUUAAAGACUGGUUAUAUGCCUCCGGGAGCGUUAGGCAACUGUACUGCUUACAGGGAGAACAGUAAAUGUGAUACAAGACCGGAAUCCGAUAUAAAAACUUGAUUUGGAUCAAUUUUGGCUUAACAUGGUUUCGACUGUUGACCUAUGCCAUUAGAUAUUGUUACCUGGGUAUGCUUCUGCUAACUCGUAAUUUUCUAAUUAUAUUUUUGAUAUAUUUUCUUUCUGAUGAAUACAUCAGAUCAAUGCUCUUAUAGCUCAUAUUUGUUAUAAUAACUUUAUGCACUUGAUUUUUUUGUUGAAUUCCGCUUUAGUAAUAUUUAACCUUUUUUUUAUGACCA